GGAUAUCAUGUACUCCGUUUGUAUAUGCGCUAGGUAUCAAUCUUGUCCUAAAGAGUCGCACUUGGUUGCGAUCAAAAGGAUAAUGCGAUAUCUCGCGGGCACGUUGAACGUAGGUCUUUGGUAUCCCAAAGGUUCGACAUGUCAUCUUGUUGGCUAUUCCGACUCGGAUUUUGCAGGUUGCAAACUCGAUAGGAAAAGUACCAGCGGUACUUGCCACUUAUUCGGUCAUUCGUUAAUCUCGUGGUUUAGUAAGAAACAGGAAGAAUGCCAAGGUGCAAGAACGCUUCCUCGGGUCAAGAAACGGCGGCAGAAGAGAAUGAGAGGCCAUGGCGUCGUGAAGGGAGCAAGUACAUUCACAUUCAAACGGGUCUCGCCUUCAACACUGUGGCUUCAGUUGAGAGGUUCUACAACAUCUUCCUCACGAAGGAGAUCGUCUCUCCCAAGAUCGGAGGUUCGCCAUCUCUCAUUUCCUAUGUUGACGGCAAAACCGUUUUCAUUGACGGUGCCGGUUUGACUUCUUUGUUUGGCCUUCGUCGCGGUGAAAUUACCAAAAACUUGGAUGAAACAUUCCAAGAUGAGGCAAUAUGGCGACAACUCGGGUUAGAUCAUCUUGACCUCAAGUUUAGAAACUCUAGCAACCCGAGUGUCAUUAAUCUCACUUUAAUUCAACGCGUCCAACAAUACAUUUUCUCAUAUGUUUUGUUGCCCCGUGAUUCGAACCAUGGCGUCGUCAACAAGGACGAUAUUCGUUUGUUUCACGUCGUGUUGAACGAUGUCAAAUUUGAUUGGGUUCAUUUCUUUAUCGUUGCACUUAGCGAUGGCACUCGUUUUUCCCAUCUCCGUUUUGCCAUCCCCAUUAUGCAUAUCCUUGCUCAUUGCAAAAUAGACCUUACUCGGGACACUCAGGUGCCGGUCAAGAAGACGUGUUUCAUCACUGAAGCCAAGUUUUCCCUGAUCGUGUAUCGAGAGGAGGGCGAUGCUGCACCAAAUCUGGACUUGAUCGUCGCCGAAGAAGAAGCAGAAAGCCAAAACGAGAAUCAAGCUGAGUCAUCUCAAGCCGGAGGUAGUCGAGCCACGGAGUGCGUCACUCGUCAACGGAGGACUCGUCCGAGAGAAGAAGCACCGGAACCAUCUUGGGUGAAGAAGAUCUUCGAUGCUCUCACGUGCAUCCGAGAUGACGUUCGCCAGCUCAACGAGAGGAUGACUCGUCUUGAGCAAUCUCGCUCCUACCGUGCCCCGCGACACAGCUUCAGCGGAGGAGCUCGUCCGGCGAACUCUCUUUGAUUAUUUUCUCUUCUAUCUUAACUUUUUAUGAUACAUUGUUAUUUGCACUUGUUGUUAUAACUCUUUUGGGGAAUGAUGUUGUUGCUAAUAUGGUUCUCUUUUAGAACAUAUUGUCCCUUUGUGGCAAUUCGUGUUAGAAGUUCUUUUGAAAACUCUUACAAAUUUUUUUUCCCGGCAUCAAUUAAGGGGGAAGGUUGUCGGUUGAUAAUGCCAAAAGCGGGAAGGAAGGAUCCUUGAGAAAACUUGUUUUUCAAAACUGUUUUUCCGCUUAUUACUCCGAUUAUUUUUUACUGCACUUCUCUAACCUUGCAGGGGGAAUCAAUUAAGGGAAGUAUU